AAGGCCUUUAACCAAUAGGAAAGAUGGUUGCCAUGGCAUCAGAUAGACUUGUUGGUCCUUGGCAAAGGGUGCCGUUUAUCGCGGCCCCGCCCCUUUUUUCCUGUCAGGACCCGGCGGAGGGGCUGAGCCCCGGAUUGCGGGAUGGCUUCCAGCUUCAAGAAAUCUACAUUAGGGGCAGCAACCCAGAGGAAGAAGACAGGUCCUAAACUUGAACUAACUGAAGACCAGAAGCAGGAGAUCCGAGAGGCUUUUGAUUUGUUUGAUACCGAUGGCAGUGGGAGCAUAGAUGUUAAGGAGCUCAAGGUGGCCAUGAGAGCACUAGGAUUUGAACCCAAAAAAGAAGAGAUCAAGAAAAUGAUAUCUGACAUUGAUAAGGAAGGAACAGGAAAGAUAAGCUUCAGUGACUUUCUGGUGGUGAUGACUCAGAAGAUGGCCGAAAAAGAUUCUAAAGAGGAGAUUCUGAAGGCUUUCAAACUCUUUGAUGAUGAUGAAACUGGCAAAAUCUCAUUCAAAAACCUUAAACGUGUGGCCAAGGAACUUGGGGAAAAUCUCACAGAUGAGGAGCUACAGGAAAUGAUUGAUGAAGCAGAUCGAGAUGGAGAUGGGGAAGUGAAUGAACAGGAAUUCCUGAGGAUCAUGAAGAAGACCAGUCUUUACUGAUAUGUUUGUGGAUUUUCUUUUUAUACAUUUGGAAAUAUAUUUGGUAGGCGCAUCAGAUUUCUCCAGCCUCUGUCAUUUCUUAGGGUUAAAAGAAAAGUUGGGUCACUCUGUUCUGUUUGGCUGAUCUUUAAACUUCAUUUGUGAAAUGUUCCAACUUCAAGCUGAGACUAUUUUCAUGGAGGAAAAACUUUCAUGCAUUUAUUCUUGUUGGUUUUCCACACCGUUUGUUUCAAACAUACAAUUCAUAUUUUCAGAAUCUUCUUAGCCAAAUUAGAACCAGAAAAAGAUUGUGCGCGCUUACAGAUUUGUUAAUGCAAGAGAGCUCAAAGCCAGAGAUGUCUAAUACAAACUUCCCCACAUUUCAGGGUGUGUUUGGAUCCAAAGUCUUGGUUUGGGCUCAGUAAUAUUAAAUGCUGCAUUUGAUAGAAUGGCAGGAAGUAGCUUUUUAACCUGUGUCCAAAGAACACCAUGCUUUUAUGGCAAAGAAUGAGCCUUUUCCUUCUUUUAGUAUACUUUUGAAAAACAUAUAAGUGAGCAGAUUGCUACAACUUAAUGUAUUGCUCUCUGAGAAGUUCAUCUUUAUGCAAUCUAUUCUUAAUGGUGGGGGAAAGGAAGAUGUUACAACAGUUUAAAAAACAGACUGUUGUGGGGAUUACUCAAUGGCUCCUAAUUGUAUAAUUUUGCUUUAAAUAAAUUACUGGAUUUUUUUAGUCAUCAUG